UUCAUCAAUCCCUCUUUUCCCCAAUAACUCUCUCUCUCUCUCUCUGCCUUUCCCACUUUUUUUCUUUUAGGUAAGAGAAGAAAUUAAGCAAAAGAAAAUAAUGCAAGGGUUUGGCGGUGUACAAACUCCCAAUAGAGAGUCAUCGGACGGCCCAGGUUUUCCGAAAGAUGGACCUCGAGAUACACGUGACUUGCCAUCUUUAUUGUCUUCUUGCUAUCCUAUUACUCUCAAGUUCGUGGACGUGAGUUACCGAGUGAAGAUUGAGAACAAGCAGAAGCGCGGUAUCAGCCGCAUGUUUUGUCACGGGCCCACAAAAACCGAUCAGAGAUCAACGGCCACGAUCGAAGAACGAACAAUCAUGAGUGGGAUCACAGGCAUGGUUUCCCCAGGCGAAAUCAUGGCCAUCCUAGGCCCGUCAGGGAGCGGGAAAUCCACGCUCCUCAAUGCUCUUGCGGGGAGACUCCACGGACACGGCUUGACCGGAAAAAUCGUCGCCAACGACCGUAAGCUCAGCAAAAGCGUGCUGAGACGCACGGGGUUCGUGACCCAGGACGAUAUUCUCUACCCCCACCUCACAGUCCGCGAAACCCUAGUUUUCUGCUCCCUCCUUCGCCUGCCCCAAACGAUAUCCAAAAAGGAGAAAAUCUCAGUCGCCGAGUCGGUGAUCUCCGAGCUGGGUCUGGUGAAAUGCCAGAACACAAUCAUAGGGAACAGCUUCAUACGUGGGAUAUCUGGCGGGGAGAGAAAGAGAGUGAGCAUAGCUAACGAGAUGCUGAUUAAUCCUAGUUUGCUGAUACUGGACGAGCCCACGUCGGGAUUGGACUCCACCGGGGCGCACCGGUUGGUUGCCACGUUGGGGUCGCUGGCUCAGAAGGGAAAGACCAUAGUGACUUCCAUGCACCAGCCGUCCAGCCGAGUUUACCAGAUGUUCCACUCCGUGUUGGUUCUGUCGGAGGGGAGGUGCUUCUACUUUGGGAAAGGGAGUGAGGCUGUCGGCUACUUUGAGUCGGUUGGGUUCUCGCCGUCUUUCUCCAUGAAUCCUGCGGACUUCCUGCUUGAUCUCGCCAACGGUGUUUGCCAGGUGGAUGGUACUGUAAGUGAAAGAGAUAAGCCAAAUAUCAAGCACAUCAUGUUUUCCUCGUACAACACCUUGUUGGCUCCGAAGGUAAAAGCUGCCUGCAUGGACAGUACUAGUGCAACCAUCAAUCCAACAAAAGGGACGAAUAAUAUUGUUAUUGGAAGCCAUUCUUCAAGAGAGCACAGAUUUUAUUCAUGCAGCAAUAUAAUCUCCUUUUCCGCAUGGUUCAACCAGUUCAGAAUACUCCUCCAAAGAAGCCUCAAGGAACGGAAACACGAAUCGUUCAACACGCUUAGGGUCUUCCAGGUGAUCACCGCCGCAAUAUUGGCCGGUUUGAUGUGGUGGCACUCGGAUUUUCUAGACAUUCAAGAUCGUCUAGGCCUCCUCUUCUUCAUUUCCAUCUUCUGGGGAGUCUUCCCGUCGUUUAACUCUGUCUUCGCCUUCCCUCAAGAACGUGCCAUCUUUAUGAAGGAACGGGCUUCCGGUAUGUACACUCUUUCUUCAUACUUCAUGGCUCGAAUCGUCGGAGAUUUGCCGAUGGAGCUCAUUCUCCCCACCAUUUUUCUCACUGUCACUUACUGGAUGGCCGGACUAAAACCCACGUUGGAUGCUUUUCUCCUGACUCUGCUGCUUCUGCUCGGCUAUGUCCUCGUGUCUCAGGGUCUCGGCCUUUUUCUAGGCGCCGCUAUCAUGGAUGCCAAACAGGCUUCUACAGUCGUAACCGUCACAAUGCUGGCGUUUGUAUUAACCGGAGGAUUUUACGUUCACAAGGUGCCAUCUUGCAUGGCUUGGAUCAAAUAUAUUUCCACCACCUUUUACAGUUACAGGCUCCUCAUCAACGUGCAAUAUGGAGAAGGGAAGAAACUUUCGUCCUUGUUGGGUUGCGAUAGAUCAUCAUCAUCAUCAGCUGCCUGCAAGUUUAUUGAAGAAGACAUCGGAAGGCAAAUCAGCCCUGUGGUGAGCGUUGGCGUCUUGUUCUUGAUGUUUGUGGGGUAUAGGUUAUUGGCUUACAUUGCUUUGAGGCGCAUCAAAGCUUGAAUUCGAUCUAGCUGUCUUACGAUAUAGGUGUACGUUCGAUCUCCUCGUAAUUGUAAUUCUUCAAAUAACUGGAGCGCACAGGAGGAUGGAUAUAUAUGCACAAGCCAAUUAUAUCUAGAUCCUGGCCGCUUAUGAUCGAUCUCUUUCUCUUUUUUCACUAGCUAGGGCGUAGCCACUACUAAUUCAAUUGACGCCAAUUGUAAUAUUGUACCAUUAAUGAUCAGUUUGCAUAAGUAAAUUAAGUGUAAAGAAUGAUGAGCUCAACCAAGACUCGCUAGUUUGUUAAAAGAGCGUGGUUAUGUUACUACAAUCGCGCCGGUCACUAAAAUAUGUAUUAUCAUGCACAAUUCACAUAAUAUUGUCUCGUUAACAAAUUGAUUUGGCAGAUUGCAUGAUA